AUGAUUGCCAGAGGUGAGUUGGCAGAUUACCUCAUGACGAAGGAGUAUGUGAAUCCCCGCGAGGUCUAUCCUCGCAAGGUAAAAGGUACUCAAGUAAAAGUCAUUCAUGCAAUACAUGGCAGAUCUGAAGAAGAUCAAGAGUCCAAGGAGGUAUACAAAUCUAGAUUGAGGGCAGCCCAUAAGCUCAGGAAGAUAUCCUCGGUCAAUGCUAUCGCUUCGGGCAGCAUCAGUAUUGGAUUUGGCGAUAGCGACCUAUCCAGAGUUCAACUCCCCCACGAGGAUCCAUUGGUCAUCAGUCUUUUAGUGGCAAAUUUCAUGAUCAAGAGGAUUUUGAUAGACCUAGGAAGUAGCGCCAACAUCAUCACAAAGGCGGUCUUUGAGCAGCUAGAGAUCCCGUCAUCAUCUAUUUGA